AUCCGAGUGGGGCGGGAGAGGGCAGUUGGGACCGGAAUCGCCGACGGAGAACCGAGCACAGGCAGAGGAGACCCCGGAGCAGUGGGAGGGUGGCGGAGCCCAGCGCCUGUGGGCAAGUCUUGAGUGCUAGGGGCCGCGGAUAGCGCAGCGCUAAGGCAGCACUGCAAUCGGCGUUAAGCCGGGUCCGGGCCUCCCAUCUGUUGCUGAGUCUGGCAAGCAUAAAAGAUGACAACAGCAGCUAGGCCAACUUUUGAACCUGCAAGAGGUGGCAGAGGAAAAGGAGAAGGUGAUUUGAGCCAACUCUCAAAGCAGUACUCAAGUAGAGAUCUACCUUCUCAUACAAAGAUAAAAUAUAGACAGACUACUCAGGAUGCCCCUGAAGAGGUUCGGAACCGUGACUUCAGGCGAGAGUUGGAAGAGAGAGAGAGAGCUGCUGCAAGAGAAAAAAAUAGAGAUCGUCCAACCCGAGAACACACAACCUCCUCUUCAGUGUCAAAGAAGCCUCGGCUAGACCAGAUUCCCGCUGCCAACCUUGAUGCAGAUGAUCCUCUAACAGAUGAGGAAGAUGAAGAUGAAGACUUUGAAGAAGAGAGUGAUGACGAUGAUACUGCAGCUCUUCUUGCAGAACUAGAAAAAAUUAAAAAAGAAAGAGCUGAAGAGCAAGCCAGAAAGGAACAAGAACAAAAAGCUGAAGAAGAAAGGAUUCGUAUGGAAAACAUUCUGAGCGGAAACCCUCUUCUUAAUCUCACUGGCCCAUCCCAGCCUCAGGCUAACUUCAAAGUUAAACGAAGGUGGGAUGAUGAUGUUGUUUUCAAGAACUGUGCAAAAGGUGUAGAUGAUCAGAAGAAAGACAAAAGAUUUGUAAAUGAUACACUGCGAUCUGAAUUUCACAAAAAGUUCAUGGAGAAAUAUAUUAAAUAGUACAGUUUUAUGUGCUUAAUUAAAGACUGUAAAAUGUAAACAAUCAUUUUGACUUUAUUUUGGUUAGUUUGGUUUUAUUUUUCCCUUUUCCCCAAUUAAAUUGUGUAUACGCUUCUCUGAUUUUAAGUUCCAAAAUAUCUUUUCCUUUAUUGAUACCUUAUUUGAUAAGGACUUGGGCAUUGGUUUUACCCAGUUUCCAGUCUCUGAAUGUUCUCAAUCAUAUAGUUUCUUUUUAAUAUGAGAAAGAGAAUCUGCUUGUAAUAAAUAUUUUUAAGAAUCUAAAUAACCAAAUCUGUGCCCCCAACUUUUUGUUGAAAUGUAUGCAGCUUAUAAAAUAUUGCAUAUUUUCUUUUGUAUAUUGUAUUUCUUUGUGCAUGAACUUUUUCUCAUUUCUCUAACAUUGAUUUAAGAUUGGUUACUUCAUGAGAUCCUCUCAGUGUUUAAGAGAAUGAUAAAAGAUUGAAGGGAUUCUAAUUUGGACCACACGUUGCUGUGGAAGAGUGUCCCGAGUGUGUGUAUCUCUUCUGCAGGUGUUCCUUUUCUCUCGGCCCAAGACAAGCACUUCUGAAGCAUGCCUGGGGAGCAGGUGGCACUCACCUGUGUUCUCCUGGAUACUCAACUGCCUUGUUUCUCUUGAGUGACACAUAUUAGAUGUAAAGCCUAGGAAAGUUUAACAUCAAUACAUAAAAUAAAAUUUUUGGAAAUAGAA